AUGGUGCGCAAGCCCCCCGAGGAGGUGUUCAGGCUGCCGGAGCCGCCCCCCUCGCCGCUGCUGUCCGAAGAUGCCUGCCAGGCGGUGGUUGGCGUCCUCGAGAAGUAUGUGAACAUAGCCAAGGGCUGGAGGCACCGGGUGUUCGUUGUCCAGCGCGGGGUGCUGCGCUACUACAGGGCGGACCAGUCGCUGAAUAUUCACGCCCUCAUGGAAUCGCUGAAAGAAAUGGGGGAGGUGAAGGUGAUUGGCUUGGAGCUGGGGAUCCUGCUGAAAAGGAUGGACAGGGCAGGGAGUCCUUCGGACCAAGCGAUCACUCCGCACGGGGAAGCGCAUCUGCAGGUGGCGCAAAUCCGGGAGUCAAAGUCUGGAGAUCGCAAGCGAUUCUCAGUUCAUAGUGGGACAAAAAAAUUGAAUUGCAGGGCGGAGUCAGAAAUGGACAAAGAUGCAUGGGUGGAAGCUCUGCGGCAAUCGAAGGCAGUUUGGGAUGGUGCCAAUGGUGGCUACCUGUUUCCUCCAGUGGAGGUGUCUGCUGAAUCUCCCAACAGCAACAGCGGGCCGAUUUCCAGGUCGUUUGAGGACACCACACUGCCAGCUGUGCGCCAGCGCCUGGUGGAUGGGGGGGUGUCACAUGAGCUCUCUCACUUUGUUGAAGAAGUUCUCAUGGAGCAGCACAGGUUCUAUGUGAACUACAUGUGGCAAGAAGGUGAAAAGAAACGCAAGCUGCUUUCAUAUCUGCAAACUGUGGAGGAGGAGAAACGUGAACUGGAGGCUCGAAUACUGGAAGAGAAUCGAGGUGCAUUGGUUGAAAUGGCGCAGUCAGAAGGAGCAUUUUUUACCACAGAGGAGCAGUAUGAAAACGGAGAGGAACGGGACUCAGCAGAUGCCAGUGGCGAGGAUGAUGUUGAGGAAGUGUUCUACGAAGCUACUGACAGCUUGCCUCUUAUUGACAAGUGUCAGAACGAUGUUGCACAGGCACAGUUGCCACCUUUGCCCAGCAAGCCCAAAAAGGCAGAGAGGACCGCAUCUGCCCCAGUUGGACCUAAUGACAGCUUCCCAGGGCCUUCAUUGUUUGGGGGCAGCAGCCUGCAAAAGUCUCAAAGGACUGCCUCAGACCCUGUCCAGGCAGCGAGGGAGAGAUCUCAGCAGGAAGGGGCGUCAACGUCGACAAGCAGGGGGCACAGAGAAUAUAUGGACUCUGCAAUUGCGGAGUCCACAGCAAGGCUAAAGGACUGGCUGAGACGAGAUGGCCCAGCACCAAAGCGCAGGGAUUGUUUGCCAAAACCCAAAGAGAAGGAGAAGACUGUGAGUUUGUGGGCCAUAAUAAAAUCCAUGGUUGGGAAGGACUUAACUCGAGUCUGUCUACCUGUCUACUUCAAUGAGCCACUAUCAGCAAUUCAAAGGAUUGCUGAAGAAAUUGAGUACUCCGAACUCCUUGAUGAGGCGUUGAAGCAUCCACCUGGCAGCUUAAUGCGCUUGUUUCUGGUAUCCUCGUUUGCUGUCAGCGGCUACUCUGCAACUGCCAAUCGAACAAGCAAACCCUUCAAUCCUCUGCUUGGAGAGACCUACGAGUAUGUGAGCCCAGAGAAGGGCGUGCGGUUCAUUGGAGAAAAGGUUGUGCAUCACCCCACUGUCUUUGCCAUGCACUGUGAGGGCUGUGGCUGGACAGUGGAUGCAGAUGCUGAGGUGAAGAACAAGUUCUGGGGGGCCAGCAUGGAGCUGCAUGCUCUCGGAGUGAUCAGGCUGAGAACUGCAGAUGGAGAAGAGUACAGAUGGAACAAGGUCACAACAUCUAUAAACAAUUUGAUCAUUGGAAAACUCUACAUCGACCACUAUGGUGUAAUGAGGGUGCACAACAAGAACACGGGAAUGCUUGCCAAGAUCAAGUUCAUUGAGACAAGUCGAUUUUUUGACAGCAACCCUCAUCAGAUAAAGGGAUAUAUCGAAGGCCCAAAUGGAAAGAUACGAGAUGCCACUAUUCAAGGCAAGUGGGAUGGGUCCCUACAUGUCGACUUGGGCGAUGGAAGGGGCCCCAAAGAGGUCUGGAGGAAGAACCCUCCAGCCCCUGAACCUUCCAAGUACAACAACACGUUGUUCUGCAUGACAUUGAACGAGAUGACCCCUGGGCUUGACAAGAAAAUUGCCCCCACGGACUGCAGGCGUCGCCCAGACCAGAAAUGCCUGGAAGAGGGUCUUUACGAUGAAGCCAAUCGCCAAAAGCAGCGACUUGAGCAGAAGCAGAGAGCUGCGCGCAAGGCGGCUGAUCGGGGCGACCCCAUUCAGCCACGAUGGUUUGAAUAUUCCCCUUCUGCAGCGCAAGGGCAGGAGCCGACCUUCGCGUACAAGGGAGGCUAUUGGGAGUCCCGGGAUGCGGGCCAUUUCGAGGGCUGCAGAGAUAUUUUUGGAGAGUAA